GCCUCCCGCCACCUCCAGCGUCCCGCAUCGCGCCGUCACCGGCCGGCGGCUCGAGAGCGCGGGAGAGGGGCAGGCGCCGUCCAACCCGGACGCGGGCACAGCUAGUAAGGGGCGAGGCGCGGGGACGCCAAGCUGGCUACGAUGGUGGCCACAUGCCUGCAGGUAGUGGGCUUCGUCACGAGCUUCGUGGGAUGGAUCGGCAUCAUCGUCACCACGUCUACCAAUGACUGGGUGGUGACAUGCGGCUACACCAUCCCCACCUGCCGCAAGCUGGACGAGCUGGGCUCCAAGGGGCUGUGGGCCGACUGCGUCAUGGCCACGGGGCUGUAUCACUGCAAGCCCCUGGUGGACAUCCUCAUCCUGCCGGGCUAUGUGCAGGCCUGCCGAGCCCUGAUGAUCGCUGCCUCCGUCCUGGGUCUGCCGGCUAUUCUCCUGCUGCUCACAGUUCUCCCGUGCAUCCGAAUGGGCCACGAGCCUGGUGUGGCCAAGUACAGGCGGGCCCAGCUGGCUGGUGUCAUGCUCAUUCUUGUGGCUCUCUGCGCCAUGGUCGCCACCAUCUGGUUCCCCGUGUGCGCCCACCGUGAGACCACCAUCGUGAGCUUUGGCUACUCCCUGUAUGCGGGCUGGAUCGGUGCUGUGCUGUGCCUCGUGGGGGGCUGUGUCAUCGUCUGCUGCGCUGGAGAUGCCCAGGCGUUCGGGGAAAAUCGUUUCUACUACUCUUCAGGCUCCAGUUCCCCAACUCACGCCAAGAGUGCGCACGUAUAAGACAGCUGCCAGCCUGCCCACGGAGGUGCUGUAGAUGCCGGGCCCCUGGCCCUAGGUUCGCUUGCCACUGCGAGGGGGUGGGAAGCCCACUCCUCUGCCAGGCUCCAAAGCCAAAGUUCUAGAAGGGCAUCCUGUCUGGCAUUCUGUAGUCUUAACAUCUCCUUCUCCUUCUGUCGCCUUAAAAGAAAUGUUUAGCUCAGAUAAUGCCGCACAUUUUUUUUCCCAUGGUUUUGCCCAUUACUAGCUCUUUUCUUGGGCAUUCUUUUGUCAUACAUAUAUAUAUGUAUAUAUAUGUACACACACAUAUAUAUAUUAAAAAAUUUUUCCUCUCUCUUUAAAUUUCAAAUAUCUUGCAAACAUUGCCGAGUUGGGUGUGGGGAGAGAAAUAAAAGACACUUUCAAACUGUUACAGAUGACAAUGGGAGCCUCAUAGAGAUGCCUCUCUGUUCCCUCCCUCCUCUCAGCUCCAAGGUCACUUAGUUAUAACCAAUAGAAAAAGAUAGAAUUGGGAA